AUGUCGGAAAGCGACAAGUACGAAGUGUUGGAAAAGAUUGGCCAUGGCUCGUUCGGGGUCAUUCGAAAAGUCCGUCGCCGGGUCGACGGCAUGGUCCUCUGCCGGAAAGAGAUCAGCUACCUCAAAAUGUCCCAGAAGGAGCGCGAGCAGCUCCAUGCCGAAUUCCAAAUCCUCUCGACCCUCCGUCACCCAAACAUCGUCGGCUACUACCACCGCGAACACCUCAAAGUCAGCCAGGACCUACAUCUCUACAUGGAAUACUGUGGCAACGGGGACCUGGGGCGGGUUAUCCGAAACCUGUCAGACAAGAACCAAUAUGCGGAGGAGUCCUUUGUCUGGAGCAUCUUCUCUCAGCUCGUCACGGCGCUGUACCGCUGCCACUAUGGCGUCGACCCGCCCGCGGUGGGGAAGGCUGUGUUAGGGCUAGGAUCAACCGCGAGGCCAAAGCCGCCAUCAGGGGGGAUGACUAUCUUGCACCGCGAUCUCAAGCCCGAAAACGUGUUCCUCGGCGACGAGAACUCGGUAAAGCUGGGCGAUUUCGGUCUCUCCAAGGUGAUGCAGUCCCACGAUUUUGCGUCGACAUACGUAGGCACGCCUUUUUACAUGUCACCGGAGAUCUGUGCCGGCGAGAAGUACACGCUCAAAUCCGACAUCUGGUCAUUGGGCUGCAUCAUGUACGAACUUUGCACACGAGAACCGCCAUUCAACGCCAAAACCCAUUUCCAGCUCGUCCAGAAGAUCAAAGAGGGCAAGAUUGCCCCCCUGCCAGCCAUCUACUCGCCGGAGCUCUUUGCCAUUAUCAAGGACUGCUUGCGGGUUAACCCAGACAGGAGGCCGGAUACCGCCAUGUUGCUGAAUCUACCGGUGGUGCGGUUGAUGCGCAAGGAAAAGGAAAUAAACGAGUUCAGCAAGUCGCUCAAGACCAAAGAGGAAUCGCUUAACAGGCGCAUCCGGGAGCUCGAGCAGAAGAUCACGACACUCGACCAAGACAAGGCUUCGAUGCGCCACGAGAUCGACUCGUCUCUUCGGAGGGAAUGGGAGGUCAAGGCCCGGCUGGAAAUUGACCGGUUGGUCGGACAAGAGAUUGAGCAGCUGCAGCGGAAGUUUGACCACGAGGUUCAGCUACGGGUAGAAGUAGAGCUACAGAGCAGGAAGGAUGAGGACAACCGCCACGACCUCCGGUCCUCGAGCUCCAAGUCCGAUUACCCGCAUUCAUCAAUAGGGAGCAACGAGGGCGAGCAUUCCUCGGCGACGGACAUGUCGGAGAUCUCUGUAGAGUCUCCCGAUACGUCGAUGCACCCGCUCAAGAAGGGCGCCCGCACACCUUUUGCCCGGGCUCAGACAAUGUUUGCCAUGGCACCCGCCGGCACGCCGAUGGAUAUCGAGAUGAACUCGCCUUCACCUAUCACGAUUGCCUCUCUGUCGCUCUCGCCUCGCCGUAACGUCGGCACUAAGCCGCCGAUGCUCAACCCAGGCAACAUCUUCGCCGCCAACCAGAUGGCAGGUGAAGCACGCUGGGAACCCUCCCAGGACUCGGACUCGGAGUUAGACGACGACAUUCAAGUUCCUUCGCCGACGCGGAUGAUCAAGUCGAGCAAGAACCCCUUCACUUCCAAGGGCCGCCCUCAAUUACAUGCCCAAAAGUCGAUGCCCACGCACCGCUUGCAAUCUAAGCAAUCGCAGGCGGCCCUCCAGGCGGCCCACCAGGCCAAGACCAUCCCCGUCGCGGCCUCGACGCCCGAUUUGCAAACCGCUGUUAGAAACAUGGGAAGCAACGGCGCGCUGCACGACCGUAGCAACAGCCCGAGCCGCCGCCUCAGCAAGAUCCCGUCGGCCGCCAACCUGAAAACAAACAGCAACGCCAGCAGCGGCAGCAGCAACAGCGACGGCAGUGGUCCAUCGGUGCCCCUCAGCCGCAAACCCUCCAGGGGGAGCAACCUCAACAGCAAGGACGGGGGCGACCAAGGACCAUCUGGAACUAACCAACCCCCGGUCCUUAAUAAACUCCCCACCGCCGGGGGGAAGAACAACAUUCGCGGGCGCACACUCGUCGAGUUACAGCAGGCGCGCGCCGGUGGGAGGCCCAUGAGCGCCGUGUUUGCCAGCGAGCACACCGUUAGUCCCGUGCGUGCGUUUAGGGAACACGCGGCGGCAGCAAACCGCGGCGUGGCCUUCUCGGACUCCCCAGCCAUCUGGGACCCGGAGCGGGACGACAUGCCAAGCCCGUUUCUGGUGCGGCGCAAGCCGAUUGUUGCGUUGGCGGGACUAUCAUUUGGGAAGGGUGAGAGGGGGAGUGCCUAA